GGAAGGUCUCAUUGUGGAAGUGAGAUUUGACAGACGGUGGUAAGAAUCUCUUCGUCUCCUUGAAGAAACAAUAGAAGUGACUUCAUUAACUCAUCAGUACAGGAAAGCCUCUGACAAAUACUGUGUGUAGAUAUGGCUGCUGCCAGUUGCCUGCUGUCUGAAGAUCAGUUUCUGUGUUCAAUCUGUCUGGAUGUGUUCACUGAUCCAGUCAGUACACCAUGUGGACACAACUUCUGCAAAACCUGCAUCACUCAGCACUGGGAUGUUAAUGUCCCAUAUAACUGUCCAUUUUGUAAAAGGCUUUACACCACAAAGCCUGAGCUGCAGGUCAACACUUUCAUUGUUGAAAUGGCUGCUCAGUUCAGGCAGUCGACUCAACAGAGAGCUAGAAGCCGCUCCGAGCAACAAGCUGUCACACCUGGAGAAAUUCCCUGUGACGUCUGCGCUGAAACCAAACUGAAGGCUGUGAAGUCCUGCCUUGUGUGUCUGGCCUCGUACUGUGAAACUCACCUGGAGCCUCAUCUGACAGUGCCAGGCAUGAGAAGACAUCAACUGAUCGAACCGGUGGAGAACCUGGAAACCAGAAUGUGUACGAAACACGAUAAACUGCUGGAGCUGUUCUGCAGGGAUGAUGAGAUAUGUAUCUGCACGCUCUGCACAUAUUCAGACCACAAGAAACAUGAAGUGGUUCCUCUGAAAGAUGAAUAUGAAGUAAAGAAGUUCAACCUGGGAAAAACAGAGACUGAAAUUCAGCAGAUGAUCCAGAAUAGACGACUGAAGAUUAACAAGUUCAAACAAGUGGUGGAGUUCAGUAAUAAAGACGCAGACAGAGAGAUUGCAGAUGGUGUUAAGAUCUUCACCAUUCUGAAGGAGUCUGUUGAGAAAGGCAUGAGCAACUUCAUCAAAACAAUAAAAGGGAAGCAGAGAAUUACAGAGACACAAGCCAAAGGCCUCAUCAAAGAGUUGGAAGAGGAAAUCUCAGAGCUGAUGAAGAGAAGUACUGAGUUACAGCAGCUCUCAGGUACAGCAGACCAACUCCACCUCAUCCAGAACUUCUCAUCCCUGAACUCUGCUCCAUCCACCAAAGACUGGACAGAGGUCAGACUCCAGCCACCCACAUAUGAGGGAACUGUGGUGAGAGCCUUGGCUCAGCUGGAGGAAACUUUCAACAAAGAGACAAAAAGUCAUUUUAAAGCCGACCUGAAGAGGGUUGAAACAUGCAAAGUGGAGGUCACACUCGAUCCUGCUUCUGCACAUCCUCAACUCCUCCUGUCUGGUGGUGGUAGACGAGUCAAACACGGUGAUGAGGAGACCAAAGUCCCAGACAGUCCAAAAAGGUUUGAUCGUCUCUUUGUCUUAGGAAAUAACAGUUUCUCCUCAGGAAGGGUUUACUACGAGGCUCAGGUUCAAGGAAAAACUGAAUGGACUUUAGGAGUAGCCAGAGCGUCAGUCAGCAGGAAGGGGGUGAUCCCACUGAAACCCCAAAAUGGUUUCUGGACAAUAUGUUUGAAGAAUAAAUUUCAGUACUUUGCUUCUACCAACCAUGAAGUCCCGCUCUUUACAAAGUGCAGGCCUGAGAAAGUCGGGGUGUUUGUGGAUUAUGAGGAAGGUCUGGUCUCCUUUUACGAUGUCAAUGCUGCCACUCUUAUCUACUCCUUUACCGGCUGCUCCUUCAAUGAGAAACUCCACCCAUUCUGCAGUCCUGGUCGUAAACUGAGUGGAAACUCUGCCCCUCUGAUUAUGAGUGGCAGUGGUGGUCUUUCCUCAUGGUUUGACGAGUUAAAGAAAAGACAAAGGGAAUUAUUUAAGUUAAAUUAACAUGUGCGCAGCAGAUAAUUUACUGUUGUUGAAAAGGUUAAUUAAUUAAUUAAUUUGUCUUCCAACACAUAUUUAACCACAGUGAUUCAUCUAACUUGAAUCUGCCUUAAGUCCAGUCUGCAGGGGGGUAUGUAAAUUGGUGCACAAAUGUUCACAUCACAUUAAAACCUCUUUAGCCCUAUUGGCCCGCCCGCGAGCCAAAAAAAAAUUAUAUUAAUAUUCAUCUACGGUAAAAGUAUAAUAAAUCAGGACAAUGGAUGUUUUUUUCAACUUUUGCUCAAAGUUUAGACCCUAAUGUUUAUAAAAGUACAUCAAAAGUG